CUCCGCUUCCGCCUCCGCCUCCGUCUCGUCCAGGGACAUCUCUCCGCGCUCAAAGCCCAAGAUGCCUGGACGGCCGGUCAAGCGGCCGGCCGGCAGCGGCGACGACGAGAGCCCCGGCCACGGUCACGGCCCCGGCCCCGGCUCCAAGGUCAAGCUGCCGCGACUGGAGCGUGGCCCGGACGACUUCUCCAGCGUCGUCAAGAACCGCCUCCAGUCGUACACGCGCACCGGUCAGGCUUGCGACAGAUGCAAGGUCCGCAAGAUUCGAUGCGACGCCCUCCCCGAAGGCUGCUCCCACUGCACCAACCAGAGCCUCGAGUGCUACGUGACCGACCGCGUCACAGGCCGCACCGAACGCAGAGGCUACAUGCAGGAGCUCGAGAGGGAAAAGACCGACAUGCUCACCCACAUCCGCGACCUCGAACGCCUGCUGGGCGACAACGGCGUCGAGGUCCAGCCCUGGCAGUGGUCGCCCUUCGCCCAGUAUCCUCCUGGCGUCACCUUUGACAACCUAGGCAACCCGGUCCAGGACCCCAACUCGCCCGAUUCAUGGACUCAAUUCGGUACCGCCUGGGUCAAGAAUUCCGCGCCGAAGCCUGCCGUCGCCCACACCUUCCCCCGCACACUACUCGAGUCCCGUCGCGGCGAAGGACAUUUGGGAGUGAGAGGCGACGACAGUGCGCCCUUGAGCUCCAUCAAAGGCACCCAGUUGUCCAUCCUAGGAACCACCGUCGACCUCGUCUCGUUCGAGGCGCCCGAUAUGGACGAGCCCCCAGCCGACGCCAAAGCUGCAGCGCCGCUCUACAACAAGUCCACCCAGGCCUUCCUCCAGUCGACCAUGAACAGAAAUCCCCCUCUACAAGUCGACCUUCCGUCUCGAGAAGAUGCCUUUACCUACUCGGAGUGGUACUUCAUGACCAUUUCUGCAUUCCUUCCACUCCUCCACAAGCCAUCCUUUCUACAAUUAUUGACGAGACUAUACGAUGAGCCUGGCUUUCAACCCUCCAUUUCCGAGCUCGUUCUCGUACACAUGGUUUUUGCCAUCAUCUUCUUUCAUUAUGGUGUGCGCAAUUGGCAAAAGGCCGACCAACGCGCUCACCUCAACGAAAUGUCCAACAAGCACUACCAUUUCGCCCUCAGCAAAUUCUUUGAGCUCACCUGCGUUCCUGACCUUACCUCUGUCCAGGCCAUGGCUUUGAUAUCAGUCCAUGCCCGCGCCUUUCCCAAGCCUGGCGCUGCAUCUAUUGUCGUCAACCACGCCUUGCACCGCGCUCUCGAGUUGAACCUACACCGCGAGUCAAGACUACCGGGAGAGGAAACAAACCUCAACCACGAGUUGCGCAAGAGGGCCUGGUGGGUCAUUUUGACCAUCUACAUUGCCAUCAACGGCCGCCGCGGACUUCCAAUGCCCAUCACCGUCGAGGAGUUUGACGUCGGGUUCCCCGAGCCCAUCGCCGAUGAGCUUCUCAGCGAGGAAGGUGUGGACAGAUCCCGCACUGUACCAUGUGCGUACGAAGUCGGCAUCCACAGUUUCAAGAUUGUCCCGAUUUUGAUGGAGAUGUACUCCAACAUUUACAGCGUUCGACGGGACACCAAAAACUACGUCAACAUUGUAAACGCUCUAGAAGCCCAGGUCAAAAACUGGGAUGAUGAGCUCCCAGGACACUUGAAGCUUGGCCACGCAGAGCAGACCGAGCACAAUCACAUGGCUGCCCUCUACAUCAGGUCGUUUCUCCUCGAGUUCCGCCUGUUGCUUCGCCAUCCUUCAGUCGGCAUGACGACGGACAAGAAGAUGAUGGCGGAGAAUACUCGCAUCUGCGAAGACGUUGCGCGAGAGAUGCUCCAAGUUCAACUGGAGAUUCAAAGAGUCAAGUGUCUGGACACUACGUGGUAUCAAAUGUCCAUGUACGCAGCUUCCAUCUUCUCCAUGCUAGUCGCCCACUGGGAGCGACGAUUCGAGACGACCCCUGAGGCGAUUGCUGUGUUGAAGGGAGAGAUGAAAAGCUGGCUCGGAAUUCUCGAAGAGACCGGAUCACUAUUAGGCUCGGGACCACGAAUCAGUACCGAGAUUGGACAGAUUAUCGACCGUACCAUUGAAUGGAUCGAGCACGAUAUGCGCAAGGGGAGCAAGCCUCCACUCCCUACGCCGGCUCCUUCAACAGAGGUUAAAUCGGAACAGCCUCCUACCUACCAAGUCCCUGAAGUCGCUGUACCGCCGACGGUACCAGCACCGACGCCAAAUGGGACCACGCAGCCUGAAGUCCCACCUAAGGGCUUCUACCAAGAGCCGAAUAUGAACGGCCAGACGCCAUACACGCCGAUUGCAUUUGGCGAACAGGCGCAGACUACCAUCCCUCCAUCCACCUACGAAGCUGAAGCUGCUGCCAUGUUCUUCAACCAAUCGGCCCAAGCAGGUGCCGCUGCAGUCGUGACAGCAGUCCAGGACGUAUCGGCUACACAGUCGAAUCCCCUGAUUGCUUUUGCCUCUCAAGCAACUCAACAUGUUGCAGACCAACCUCCAGCAGAAAUGCUCUGGCAGAGCCGGGGAAAUACCUGGCAUGACUGGACAGCUGCGCUCGCAGACACUCAAGAGCGAUACAGCGCCACAGCUCUCUUGACGCUCGGGGGUGGUCCACGAGACCCUGUUGCCGUCUCAGGUGUCCAAGACGCGCCUGGACUAGCAACAAACAUGAAUGGCGUUCAACCUGGGGGCUCAUGGCCAUUGAUGCUGUUUGAUAAUGUAGCACCCAAUGGGUCUUGAUUUUCUUUGUCACGAAUGACUCACCUUUAGCAUCAUGGGCGUUAUGGUAGGCGCUCCAAGGUACACAUGGGAUCGGUUACGGCUAUUGGUUUUGACGGCAUGAGCCGCGGUUGAGCGGGAUGCUUAUGAGGACAAACAGCAUUGUACGUAUGUAUAUGAGUAUGUGAGCCAUCUGCGUAUGGUUAAUGUUGGGAGGGAAUCCCAACGUCACGACUAGUGACAUCUAAGAUAGAAUAAUUGCACCCCAAUAAUAAUGGAACCAGCAAUUGGCAUUUCAUAUACUAAA